GUCGCCGCUAUGGAUUGGCUGAGCACAGGCGGGAUUCUUGAAGAGACGCGAAGGCGCGGGAAGAGCUCGCCUCAGUUCCUUCCUGAGGCCAGGCAAACAAAGACUGCUCGCCAUGUAUCCCCCCGCCAAGCGCCCCUGCGUCAGACCCAGCGCGUUGGACCGCAGCUUCCAAAAGCGCCUUAAGAAAAUCACCAUUGAAGGGAAUAUCGCUGCAGGGAAGUCCACAUUUGUCCAACUACUAGCAAGAAACAGUGAUGAGUGGGAAAUAAUUCCUGAACCAAUUGCCAAGUGGUGCAACAUCCAGACAACUGAAAAUGAGUCUGAAGAACUUUCAACUUCUCAAAAGAGUGGUGGAAAUCUCCUUCAGAUGUUGUACAGCAAACCUACAAGAUGGGCUUAUACAUUCCAGACUUACGCCUGUUUGAGUAGAGUUAAAGCACAAUUAAAACCAGUUUCUGCCAAGUUACUUGAAGCAGAACAUCCUGUACAGUUUUUUGAGAGAUCAGUCUACAGCGAUAGGUAUGUGUUUGCCUCCAACUUAUUCGAAUCGGGAGACAUCAAUGAAACAGAGUGGGCAAUUUAUCAGGACUGGCAUGCAUGGCUUCUGAACCAGUUUGACUCCAGCCUAGAGCUAGAUGGUAUUAUCUACCUCAGGACUACCCCUGAGAAAUGCAUGGAGAGGCUACGCCAUAGAGGCAGAGAAGAAGAACAAGGAAUUCCACUGGAAUAUCUAGAAAACCUUCACUAUAAACACGAAACCUGGCUUUAUGAGAAGACAAUGAAGGUGGAUUUUGACAGUCUUAGAGACAUACCAGUUUUGGUUUUAGAUGUUAAUGAUGAUUUCAAAAAUGAUGAAAUAAAACAAGAAUACUUAUUGGAAAAAGUCAAGGCUUUUUUGACAACUUAGCAGCUA